GUUUUACGGUUGAUUCUGAGCAAUUUAAUACUCCAAUGUUUUAUGCACUUGCUCUCAAUCGAGUAUUCUGCAGACGUUUUUCACACACCUUAACGUGAUAGUUGUUGCAUCCAGGUCUGAUUUUGCUGCGUCUGAUAUACCUCAACGCAGAGAGACCUAAGCCCAGCCAUGCCUGAUCAUCUGUCAAACGGCGACACCAACAAUCAUACCAAUAGCAACAGCAAUGGCCAAAAUGGGCUGAACGACCAUGCUUCUGGCAGCGACUCAAAUAGAGUUUCAGGUGCGGCUCAUUUUGACUUAGAUGCCGUCGUUGUCGGCGCUGGAUUUGCAGGCAUCUAUCUUCUUCAUCAAUUGCGAAAGGAAGGUCUGAGAGUGAAGAUUGUUGAAGCUGGCCACGGUCUUGGUGGUGUUUGGUAUUGGAACUCUUACCCCGGAGCACGAACGGACACGCCAGUCCCCGCGUACUCUCUCAAUAUACCCGAAGUCUUCGAGACUUGGAAGUGGACGGAGGAGCAUCCUGGACAUGAAGAGCUCAAGGCAUACUUCCGCCAUAUCGAUAGCGUUCUCGACAUAUCAAGGGAUGUCGUCUACGGAGAGAGGCUGACAACGGCCACCUUUAACGAAGCCAUCGGGAAGUGGCAGUUGGAAUCAGACCAAGGAACUACUUUCACUGCCCAGUUCUUUUGCCCUUGCCUCGGGUUUGCUUCAAAAGCCUAUUUCCCUGACUGGCCGGGUUUACAAAACAACUUUCAAGGCCGUAUUCUUCACCCGAAUCUUUGGCCAUCCGAGGAUAUUGAUUUGCGGGAGAAGAAAGUGGUCGUUGUCGGCACUGGAGCAACCGGGAUCCAGAUCGCUCAAGAGGUCUCCCGCGAUGCAAAACAGCUGACAUGUUUUGUACGCACUCCCAAUCUAUCUUGGCCCUUGAUUCGAAGGAUUAUUUCGCCGGAACAGACCUUGAAAGAGCGUCCCCUGCUGAAAUACUGGCUCGGCGAGAAACGCUUUACCAACGUGGGAGGGUGGCUUUAUGAUUUAACAACUCGCGGAGUUAUGGACGAUACACCCGAGGAGCGAGAGGCUCGAUUGGAGGCUGACUAUCGAGAAGGCGGCUUGAAAUGGUGCUUCUGCUCCUACAACAACAUUUUGGGAACUCAAGAAGGAAACGACGAAGUGUAUAAGUUCUGGCGCCGCAAGACGCACGAGCGAAUGGCAGACAAGGAAAAGGCUGAGCUCCUGGCGCCGUUGAAGCCGCCCCAUCCGUUUGCUGGCAAACGGACGGCACUCGAGCAGGACUACUACGAACAGAUGGACAAGCCGAACGUCACUCUGGUAGAUGUGAAGAGCAAUCCUGUGGUAAAGGCAGUAUCCAAUGGUCUCGUCACGGCCGACGGCACCGUCCAUGAAGCCGAUAUCAUCAUCUUGGCCACAGGCUACGAUGCCGUGACUGGCGGGUUGAGACAGAUAUCUAUCACAGGGCUCAAUGGACUCUCGCUUGAGGAGAAGUGGAAGGACGCCACUCAUUCUUAUCUUGGCCUCAUGAUUUCCGGUAUGCCUAACAUGUUCUAUACCUAUGGUCCAUUGUCUCCCACCGCAUAUGCUACCGGGCCCGCUAUUGGUGAGUUGCAAGCGCACUGGAUUAUCGAUACGAUGAGGAAGAUGCGAGAACAAGGCCUGGCUAGAAUUGAUGCCACGGUCGAUGGAGAGCGCAAGUGGAGGGAAAAGGUCGACACCAUACACGCCUAUACUCUCAGGGAGCAUGUUGAGGGAAGUUGGUACCUUGGGUAAGUUUAACUUUCGAUUUCUCAUGAGCUGGAACUUGUGUUAACAAUAAUAAAGGCUAAACGUGCCUGGUAAGCGACGGGAAGUUCUGAUAUAUUCCGGCGGUCUCCCGAUGUAUAAAAUGGAGAUAAUGGACGCAAUUGUGCCGGACUGGAAAGGAUUUACUGUGAUUUGAUGCAGCAUCAGUCGUGUGAGAACUAGACAGCUAGAAUAAUCUCUGCAUAUAUCAGCA